AAGCUCAGGUUACUUUUUAUGUUGAAUAUGUGGCGUCUGUUGCGACAGCUCCGCAAACAUGACCGCCAGAAACCAGACAGCUGGUUCUGGUCAUUAAUGAGAAUGCGUCGUGUUCCGGGCGGAACAGAAUAACGUCAGCAGAUACUCUGAUAUGUUCGAGGUUCAUAAAGCGAUGAUCUCUAUUGUAAAUCUCACACGACAGCCAUUUGUUUUACUGUUUUUAAUCCACUAACUACAAAGCCUGAACCUGAACAGUUUUCCACAGUUAUAUAUUAUAUCUAUUAGAAACACUUUCUUUAAAAAAAUGAGUGCACAGGUAAAAGUAAUCCCUGUGGAUCUCCUAGAGGGCCUGACGCGCCUACUGAAGUGGCAGACCAGUGCAUGCGUCCUUCCUAUAUUGAUACCGUUUUCCUCAUUAAGCAGCAUCGAUUGUUCUUUUGUAUGAAGUAUAUAUAUUAGAGGCCUGAUUGCGUUCAGGUCUUUGAAAAAUCUGACUUUUGAAGUGCACAAUGUGGGUAAACCCUGCACUGCUUGUUUUUUUUUAAUAACGUGGACUCAAAGAGGGUGAUGAGUGUUUCUUGACAUUAGUUGUUGAAACGAGAAACAGGUUUCUUAAAGCUAAUGAGGUUUAAAAAGAAUACAGUUUACUUCAUUAUAUUUAUCAAGCCGUGGAUGUAAAUGUAAACGCUAUCAAACAGUGUGGUGAAACAAGAGAAAAGGUGAUUUUCAUGUUCAGGAAUGUUUCCAGUAAAAGCGAUCGGAGGAUAAUUAAGACCCGGGCCUGUCUUUCUCUGCUCUUAACAGACGAGAACUUCCUUCUGAAACACGACAAAGCUUUCCUCUUGUCCAUGGCCAAUCGAGGGAAGGACACCAACGGUUCGCAGUUUUUCAUAAACUCUAGCAUCCUGCUCUUCCAAGCACGACGAAGAUGGCGCCUCAUCUUGAUGGAGUCCACGUAGUUUUUGGCCUCGUCAUCUCCGGCUUUGAAGUGAUCAAGAAGAUCGAGGGGCUGAAGACAGAUUCGGCCAGCAGACCGUACGCCGACGUGAGAGUGAUGGACUGCGGACAGCUGAUCACCAAGUCUGCUAGAGACGUGCUGGAAGGCAAGAGGAAACGGGCCUCCUGUUCUGCUGACUCAUCCUUCGACUCCCAUGACUCCUUCCCCCCGUCGUCCUCUUCAGUGGAGUCUGAAAGCGAAUCGGAUGAAAAGCACACGCUUAACAAGCACAAGAGGCGUACAAAAAGUAAACGGUCUAAAAAGAAACGACGGGAGUCAAAGAAACAGAAAAGCACUGACGUUCCGCCUGCCAAGAAAAGGCCUGUGGAAAAGGAGCUGCAGGAUGGAGAAAACGAAGUGGAAGAAGAGAAGGAGCCGGGCGGGAAGAGAGAGAAGCCUGUAGUUCGACCGGAGGAAAUCCCCCCGGUGCCAGAAAACCGCUUCCUGCUGCGACGAGACGCACCGGCCCAGGAAAAUAAAUCAGAAAAAACUGAGACAGAGGAAGCAACUCUUUCAACUGACCUGAAACCAGCUGUGUCCAAAUCUGGCCGCAAAAUCAAAGGCAGAGGGACCAUGCGAUAUCGCACUCCCACGAGGUCUAAGUCCCGCUCUGCGUCUCUAGAAGAGCGUGGAAGCAGCGAAACGCCGCCCCACUGGAAAGAAGAGAUGAAGAGAACGAAAAUCUACCAACCUGCAAGCCUGGAGAGAUGGAGCAAAGGAGACAAAUUGAACGACCAUUCCUCGAGCAGAUGGGACGACAGGAGCGAGUCCGGCUGGUCCAGGUUGGCAGAACGUUCGUCAGACUGCAGUUCGGGCAGGUCUAGCCCGCAGCGGAAAAAGAAAAAAGCGGAGAAGAAGAAAACCAAGCACAAGAAAAAGGCAAAAAAACGGAAACAGCGCAAGAAGAAACGCUCUAAGAACAAAUCUCCAGAAUCUCCCCUCUCCAAGGAUGAAAGGUCAGCCAGCAGGAACUCCAGAAACUCGCGCUCUUCAGCUCGCUCCUCCCCGAGCCUUCGACAUUCGUCACACAGGAGGAAACGACGGCCCUCCAUGUCUGGCAGAGACUCGAGAUCCUACUCCAGGUCCUGUGCAUCCAGUCGGUCCAGAUCUCGAGGGAGGUCCAGGUCUUACUCAAGGUCCACAAGCCUUUCUAGAUCAAGAAGUCGAUCAUUUUCCAGAUCUAGAUCUCGUUCCUAUUCUCGCUCCCGGUCAAGAUCAAGAUCAAGGUCAAGGUACAGAUCCAGAUCUUUCACGCCAUCCAGACGGAAGAGUGCGCCUGAAUCUCCCAGAAAGAAGAGAACAAGCAAACCCAAACCAGACACUGUCACGCGUGUGACGGACAAGCCUUCAGAGAGCAAAGUCACACCCGUCCCCAGACUUCCAGCAGUGGCGGCGCCUGAGAGCGCCCCGGUGAUCCCGCUGAGUGACAGCCCCCCUCCUUCACGCUGGAAACCCGGUCAGAAACCCUGGAAGCCUUCCUACAUCCACAUUCAGGAAAUUAAAACUAAAGUAGCGCCCAGCGAAGUUUCUGCCGCCGGGAGCGCUGCCGACACCGUUACAGAAAAAGCGCAGACUUCACCCAAGUCUCUGCCCGGUAACUCUGCAGGUGACAAAGCACACAAACCCGCUCGACGCUCACACAGCAGGUCAUCCAAGAGCAAGUCCUUCAGCCCUUCGUACAGCCGCUCAAGGAGUAGAAGUUACAGUAGGUCCAGAUCCAGAUCCAGGUCUAACUCCAGAUCAAGUUCUAAAGUAAGAUCCAGAUCUGCCCAUCGGUAUAGGAGCAGAUCGUCUUCCUGUAACAGGUCGGACUCUGAAAACUCUGUCAAAAUGAGGAGCAACAGGAAGACUUCAUCAGACCAGGAUUUGAAAGACCACCACAGUUCCCUGCAGAAAAAUAAAAAACUAGAUAAUUACAUUUCACUUGUCAGUAGCAAAGAUGCUCAGUCAGAACCGCGUGAUCAGACAGCCGGCGAGAGCAGUACUGAUGUCAGCGUCUCCGCGAGGAGAGACUCCAAAGAGAAAACGAAAGAGAAAAGCAGCUCGCAGGCUCUCAAAACCAAACCGUCUCGUUCACAUGCAGCAGAGGUCAAGUCUGAGUGGGACAGUGACAGUGAUAAAGUGAGCCAAAGCAACAGUGGCGUCCCGUUAAAAAAGCACAAACAGUCCGCUCAGACCAACGAACUGCCCGGUAAGAAGUUGUCUUCGCCCACCGGAUGGAACUCGGAGAGCGAUUCUGAAAAUCAGACAGCCAAGAUUUUAGCCAUAUCUGAAAAAGAGGAAGGGGAAGCGAGCUCAGAGUCGGAUUACGGGACCCCCGUAAAAAUAUCCGCGGAAGUGAUUUGUCCUGAUGAAAAGGUGGCUGCUGCGUCUGCUCAGAUGGAGGAAAGCCCCAAGAAGGCCCCAGAGCCCGAAAAGCACAAGAGCAGAAAGAAAGCCAAACGUAAGCGCAAACGUAAGAGGAGGGGCGAGAACAAGAGCAGUUCCCAUCACAAGGACAAAGCCAAGAAGUCUAAAAAAAAACAUCAGAAGCUGAAAGAGACCUUUCAUUGGCAGCCGCCUUUAGAGUUCGGAGAGGAGGAGGAAGAUGAUGAAUCCAGACGGGGGAGAGAGAGUCCUGGAAGGGCUGUCAAGGAUACGAUCUCAGACCAGGGUUUGACCACUCUACACGAAAACCAUCCGAAAAAAGAAGAAGCAGGACAGCAGACAUCAAAAGAAUGUUCAAAGAGAAAUCUGAAACACACUGAACCUCAUCCAUCCAGCAGGAACAAUACGCACAGCUCUCAUUUCUCGAGUAGCAAAGACUCUUUAGACGAUAUGGACAUUUGCACCCCGGAGCACGACGGCGAGAUUCUCGAAGCUCAAAUCAAAAGCGAUUCUUACAACGGCCCCGAAUCAAACCUGAAGUCUACCUCUAGGUCUUCAAACGCCACAGUUCAUAAUGUUUUACCUCACAGCAAAGAGCAGUCUGCCGUCACUUCCACAGCUGGUGAGUCGCAAGAUGAAGCCAACGGCGGCAAAGCCGCCGUGGCCGGUUUCAAAUGGAGGCCUCUGAAAGGAACGUCAGCGCCGCAGAAUGCCAACGCCGCGCCGGCCAGUGUGAAAAACGUCCAAAUUCAAGAUAGCAAGGCCCUCAACGCACAAGGAGUGAGGAUGGAAAUCAAGAGCAAAAGCCGGGUUCGACCUGGAUCCCUGUUCGACGAAGUCCGCAAGACCGCACGGCUCAACCAACGGCCGAGAAACCAGGAGAGCUCCAGUGAAGAGAGGUCCGCCUCCGAGGAGGACACCAGCGAAAUCUCACCGAAAGAGUCCCGGUCCGUCUCUAGGAAGUCCCGCUCUGCGUCCAGUCAGUGGUCCCGCUCGUACAGCAGGUCCAGAAGCAGCUCCAGUUACUCCUCCAGAAGCCGCAGCCCGAGUCACAGGAGACGUAAGAGAGGCCGAUCUCGCUCCCGCAGCAGCACAUACCGGAGUUUCAGGAGUCACAGUCGGACCUACAGCCGAAGCCAUUCCAGAAGUCACUCAUACAAUCGCCGGAGGAGGUCCAGGUCCGACUCCUACGACAGCUACUCCAGUCGGAGUCGCAGUGCGAGCAGGAGGCGAGGGCACAGACGGAGCGACAGCUACAGGAGCUCCGCUCGGUCCUGGUCGUACCGCUCCUCCAGCCGCAGCUCCUCCAGACGCCGGAGCCACAGUCGCAGCAGUCGGUACAGCUGAGCCGCAGCACGCCCAGAGAGACGCGUGGACACUGUGCUAGUUUAAUGCUGUCCUCAUUUGAUACGCCGGCAUGACAGCCAGCAAGGCAGCGAAUGUUAUAUAAUACGAAGAAAUAAACCACUUUUAAAGCUCAGAC